AUUGUGAAUGACACCGAAAAUGAAGUUCUAUCAGCUGUUGAUUUUAUUAAUUCAAUCACAUUUCGUUUGUACCAGUUUUAAACGCCAUAUUUUUUCUUGUAUUUACACAAUAAAACAUUUUUUCGAAGUUAUUUUCUACCCAAAAUGCUAUAAUGCGAAUUGGUCACAAACAAAAACAAAAAAGAAUUAGGCGAAGGGGCUCUAAAUGUAAAAAUAAUAAAAGCAUUGAUGCUGCUCUUGCCACGGCUAACGAUACCAAUGCAACUGUUUUGACCAAACAGAAGCGUAAACGAAAUAAAGUAAAAGCGCGAAAAAAAUUCCAGCGAUUAUCAGCAAAAGGAAAACUAGCAACUCAAAAAAUAUUAGCACACAAGUUAAACAACGUGCAAUCAGAGCCAAAAGACAUUCGCGGGCCAAGUAGCACAGUAAUAGUUAGUGCAAUGACCGAAGCAAACGAGACGCCCUUAACUAGCGCUAAACGCAAAAGCGGUGGAUUCAACAAAUUCCGAGAUAAUACGAAGCGCCGUCUACAAUUACGAAAUAAGCGACUUAGUCGAAGCACAACAAACAGAGAUGUAACGAGCGCCGGCCAAAGAGUUACCAAAAAGCUUCUGCGGGCCAUAAAACGACGUCAGUUACAAAAUCAAAAUAAAUCCAAACAAUUACAGCGUAGUUUGAGAACUAAACUGAAUAUGGCAAAUAAAUGCGCCGCUCCAGCGUCCAACUUGCACAAUUUAAGUAUGGAAGAAGGUGAAAUAAUCUCGGAUGACGAUAUGCAUUUAACUGCGAACACUUCCAAGGAUAAUGAUGAUGACUGCAUAUGUGUUGAGCCACAAAUUGAACAAAUCAUCAUUGAUGACGAUCUGCCCAACACAUCUCGUUCGAAGGCAAAAAAUAACAAUUCUUCCGGUUAUGUUUCCAUAAUACAGCGUAUAAAUGGGCGCGGUACUCAAGCUACCAACAAAUUACUCACUUCAACGCCAUGCGGCGUCGCAGCAGCGCGAAAUUCUUCACAAAAGAAUGAAGAAGAUUUCACUGAUUUAACUAUCAUGUUCUACGAAGAUGUCUCUAGAAUUAAUACGCUAGACAGUAUAAGAUCGGAAGACACUUUCUCGAAUUAUACUGAGACGUCGAAAGUAGUCGGAAAUCGUAAGUCGAACUCAAGAAACCGUAGAAGAAAUAGAAAGAAAAAGCAGACAGUAACAUCGAAAGAUGUCAUAGUUCUGGAUGACACCCUUAAUGACUCCACGCUGAGACCUGCUACAAAUUCAGUAAAUAGCAAAAGGCAAGAUGUGGAGAUGGACGAUUCCGUAAUAUUCAUCAGCGAAACCACCCGGAAAUCAGAUAGAUCUGCGUCUGCAUUAGAUUUUGUGCCGCUCAGUAGUAAUGAUGUGCCAAAUCCAAUUAUCGUUCCGGUAAGUCCGCCCCGUAUGCCGAGAAGAGCGGCUGUAAACAGUGGCCUCUUUACAACUAGCGAGAAAAAGGCUUUGCAGGCAUACAAUAACAACACAUAUAAUCCAAAUGCUGGUAACACAAAAGCGUCAGAGCAACAAUCUAUGAAACGCUUAAUACUCAUCGAUGGCUGUAAUGUUGCAUUUAACCACGCCCUUAACCGAGAAUUUUCAGUAAAGGGUUUGAAAAUUUGUAUUGAUUACUUUGAAAAAAUGGGACAUGAAGUCAAGGCCGUUGUACCUCAAUUUCGUAUGCAUAAAUGUUCCAAUUCCGCCGCUAUGUUCGAAUUGCACAGUGCGGGCAAAAUUGUUAUUACACCAUGUAAAAAUUUACCGGGGAAAUUCACCAUUAGUUAUGACGAUCGUUUUGUCUUACAGCUCGCUGCUGAAAUGGAUGCAGCGAUUGUUUCCAAUGACAACUAUCGAGAUCUCAUAAACGAAAAUGCCGCUUUUAAAAAACUGAUUGAGAAUCGCGUUAUCGGAUUUACCUGGUGCAAUGACUUAUUUAUGGUUGCCAAAGAUCCGUACGGCAAGUGGGGGCCAUCAUUGCAAACCAUUUUGAAUAGAACGUAAAACAAAUACUUUUAAGUGUAGAAUUUGGUACUUUAGCCUUAGAAGGAUUAUUACUUACAUAUUUAUAUAUCGAUAUAAUUAAUUUUUCAAUUGCGGCUAAGUCCGCUUGUUGUAUAUUAAGCACUUUCUUUUGUAUAUUUACGUAUAUUAUCUUGAAGCUUGUAAUGAGAAAACUAAAAAAAAAAAAUGAAUACAAGCAUUAAUUGAAAUACUUCAUUUAUUAUUUAAUAUUUAUUAGUUAAGAUUCAUUUAAUCAAUAAAAAAUACAAUAAAAGAAA